GAUAAAGGGCCAGAUAAGACACAGAACAGACAUCCAUGCCUUAUAUGCCACCGUCAUGUAGUUCUUUGAAUAAAAUUUCAGCAUCCGUUCUAAAAUGUACUAUGGAUCAAAAAAUCGAAAAAGAAUAUCAUGAGAAAAAUACAAUUCUAUGGGACAAAGAAUGGGAAGAGUUGCCGGAAAUAUGGUUUUCUACGUCAUCAAAACAGAUGAAAGAAGAUAUGUUUGAUUCAGAAAAGAAAGAUAUAAAGAAAAAGGAACAAGAAAAGCGGGAAACCAGAAAUAAUAUGAUUGAAAGUAUUCCGGAAUAUUUAUCUAAUAGCCUAAGAAUGGAUAAUUCAUAUAAAUAUACGCGUGAAUGGGAAGAAUGGAAUAAUAAAGAAUGGCAGCCAUGGGAAGUAAAUGAAGAAAAACAAGAACUACAGAAACUAUCUAAUUAUUUGCGGAAGGUUUCAUCAAGUCCAUCAUUCGAAAGUACAUUAUCAGCAUAUGGAAAUACAACGAAGGAAUUAAAUCUAUCAACAAAUUUAAAUCUAACAGAAAGCACGGAUGCAUUAGAAGAUUCUAAUAGACUAAAAGUUGUUAGAAAGAAAAGUGGGGAAUUAGUAAAAUCAUCAUUAAAAUCAGAAAAACACAAACGUCCACAAUCUAUGCCGUCAACUCCUAUUUUACACAAGAAUGUACAAUUUGCAACAAAAUUAGAGGAAAUUAAGCAUUUUUCUCAAGCAGAAAAGCCAGAAGAAGUAAGUAAAAGCGGAUUAGUAGAUGAAUCAUAUCAAGAUAUAUAUGGAAUGGCAUUUGAUUAUGAUUUAUAUGAUCUAAAAAAAGAAGAAAAAAAUUCGGAUUUGACAAUUGAAUUAGUAAAUUUUGAAAACAGUGGAGCAUUAUGUUUGUCUCAAAAUGUACAAUUGGAGACUGUAUAUCUAUCUUCAGAUAAGAGACAUUUAUUAGGAAGGGUUGCAGUGAAAAAUAUAUCAUUUGAAAAAAUUGUUGGAAUUAGAUUUACAAUGGAUUUUUGGCAAACAAUAUCAGAAGUAAAUGCUGAAUAUACAGAUGAUAUAUUAACAAAACAAUAUAAGGAUAAUCUUGAUAGAUUUGUUUUUAAUAUUAAGUUACAUGAGCUUAUGAAUAUUGAAGAUAAGACUCUAUAUCUUUGCGUGCGAUAUAGAAUUCCAGGGGAAGAAUUCUGGGAUAAUAAUUCAGGCAUGAACUAUAAAAUAGGCUUUAAAAGAAAAUUCAAAACGCAUACACGUCCCUUUACUCAUUUUCCAGCUUUUUCUUUAGGAAGUCGAUAUUUAGAUGAUGAUUUUAAUACAGAGUCAGAUUCUCACUUAUCUAUGUUUCAAUCAUAUAAAAACGAUCCAUUUCACGUUUCUCUAAUGAAUGAUAGCACAAAUACCAAACAAUCAUUACGCAAAAAAGAUAAUUUCGCUAAUAUUUUUUCGAAUCGAUAUGAUUUUAGUACUUCACUCACAGCAGCUAUUAAAGCAUCUGGCACUACGAAUUAUAACGAGAGUAAAAAUAACGAUUCUAAAACAAAAGACAUUAAUUCUUAUGAAGAUUCCAUAGAAAACGUAGAUUUAUAUUUUUCAGAUUUAUUUUUAGUAGAAAAACCAUUAACUAGGAGCCAGAGUAAUAUAUCUUUUGGAAAUGACAUUUCAAAUACCCUUUCAUUAAAUGAUACCAAAUUAUCGACAUCUUUCCAAGAAAAUAAAAAUGCAUGUGAUUUAUUCAAGGGAAGUUCGAAACCAUCUGUAGAUUCUGUUUUAUAUCAAAAUUUUUUAGAUAGUUAUUGUUUUUUCAGAGGAUCGGAUAAAAUAAACACUCAAGACGCUGAAUCUAUAACUUAUACAGGCGAAAAUCCGGAGAAAAAUAUUCCUUCAAUAUCUCAUAAAAAAUCUAAUUCAUCCAGUUCUUUGUCAUCUAUAAAUGAAUUUAUCCCAUUUUCUUCAUUUUCUGGGCCAUUAUUUUAUUCUCAAUCUUCAUUAUCUUCUAUUUCUUCAGUUGAUAGUGUAUCAAAUGUACAGCAACCAUCUGAAUCAAAAACGUCAAUUGACCUUUAUUAUAAUCAUUUGAUUAAUUCAUCACUUACUCUUGAGACACCAGGAGGUGCUCUUACUGCCAUACGGACUUGAUAUUAGUAAUAUUCUAAAGACUUUUAUUUUUUUGCGAAUAUUUACGG